AGGUUGAAAGUACUUGAAACAAAUGGGGAUUGGGGAUGCAUCACCUAGUGAAAACCAGUCUGCACACAAGGAAAAGAGGGAUGAGACCACGCCACUUCUCCCGCUCAAGGCGGAAGAGGAAGAUGGGAUCCAUGAGUUCAAUGGAGCGUCUUUCUCGGGUGCAGUUUUCAAUCUGUCGACAACCAUUGUGGGGGCUGGAAUUAUGGCCCUGCCUGCAAGUAUCAAGAUGCUAGGCAUUAUCCCUGGUAUUUUGAUGAUCAUCCUUGUGGCAUUGCUCACUGAGGCAUCAAUUGACAUGAUGGUCAGGUGCAGCCACCAGGCCAAGAUUACAUCCUAUGGCUGGCUGAUGGGUGACUCUUUUGGUCAAUGGGGGAGGAUUGUGCUGCAAGCAUCUGUGGUCAUAAACAACAUUGGCGUCAUGAUUGUAUACAUGAUUAUCAUCAGUGAUGUGCUAUCAGGAACAUCUACAACUGGUGUUCAUCACCGGGGUAUCUUUGAGGGGUGGUUUGGUCCUCAUUUGUGGAAUUCUCGUCCAGUUGUUCUCCUUGCCACAACUAUUUUUGUGUUUGCUCCAUUGGUGAGCUUUAAGCGAUUGGAUUCAUUGAGAUACACAUCUGCUCUUUCAGUUGCCCUUGCUGUGGUUUUUGUUGUCAUCACUGCUGGAAUUGCUAUUCUCAGACUGAUAGAAGGGACCGCGGAGAUUCCCAAACUCUUCCCUGAGAUACAUGAAAUCAAUUCCAUCUGGGAACUCUUUACAGCUGUGCCGGUUCUUGUCACUGCCUACAUUUGCCACUACAAUGUUCACAGCAUUGAUAACGAGCUGGAAGAUAGAAGUCAGACUAAGCCAAUUGUGCGAACUUCACUGGCUCUCUGUUCAAGUGUUUAUGUUGCAACAAGCUUCUUUGCAUAUCUCCUCUUUGGCGAGGGUACCCUCUCCGAUGUGCUCGCCAAUUUUGACUCCGACCUUCAUAUUCCAUUCAGCUCUGUCUUCAAUGAUAUAGUUAGAGUGAGCUAUGUAGUCCAUGUCAUGCUCGUUUUCCCUAUAGUCUUCUUUGCCCUUAGGCUCAACCUGGAUGGACUCCUCUUCCCCACCUCAAGGCACAUUUCUCAUGACAACCGAAGGUUUACCAUUAUCACCGUCUCACUCCUUGUUGUGAUUUAUCUUGCUGCCAACUUCAUACCAAGCAUCUGGGAUGCGUUCCAGUUCACUGGUGCUACAGCUGCUGUCCUGAUUGGUUUCAUCUUUCCUGCCAUGAUCAUACUCAGGGAUUCUUAUGGGAUUGCAACCAAGCGCGACAAGGUUUUAGCUGUAACCAUGAUUGUGCUUGCUGUGCUCUCCAAUUCAGUGGCCCUGUACAGCGAUGCGAUGAGCAUCUUCUACAGGAAGGUGGAGGCCUAGUCUGCUCCAUGCCUCCAUACUCCAAGGGAAUAAGUCCAAUACACAUGCACAAUUCGGAGUGAUUAUUGAGCUUUAGUUAGUAUAUUGCGCAGUCAAGCAAUGUGAUUUCAUGGUGGCCACUAAUUUUUGUUUUGGACACGUGAGAGGAUUUUGUUUGCUGCAUUUGUCUAGUUUCUUGAACAUGUAAUCCGGCUCAGCAUCUAGAUGAGCAAUUUGUGAUCUGGUCGCAGGUGUUUGUAUUUAUUGGCAAGAACAAGAUUUUUAUUUACCUUUUGGGGUUAUGUACAUGUUAAUAUUCGAUCAUCUUGAAAUGGAUGUUUGAGAAAGCUCUUUAUAUGCAA